AAGUAGCGUAAACGUGAAGAGGAGCAAAUGAAGAUGGCGAAAGUUGUGGAAGCGCGACUCUCCCUAAGAUUGGGAGACAUUCGAGAGGAGAUCAAGAUCAAAGUGUGCAAGUCUGUCGCCGGCACGGUGGUCAAGAGUCAAACCAAGACUGUCGUCAACAACGCCGGCAAAGGCAAGGAGAUCGCAGUGGAGGAGGUGCCCUCCUCGUCUGGCACAACUAGCGAGGUGGACGCGAUUACAAAGAGGACCGGUAGCUUGUCGACUCAGGAGAAACGAAAGCGUGGCGAUGUGGAGACACCUGUGGGGGACAGCCCCCCCAUUAUCACUCCUGCGAAGCUCUCGAACAAGUGGGCGGUUAUUCGACCGAUCCGCCUAUUCGAUAGGUUGCCAUGCACGAGAACCCGGAUCUGUGUUCGGAAACGGGGAGUUGCCGCGAAGGCCCUUACGGCAGUCAAGCGUCCUGCUCCAGAUGUAAUCAUGGAGCGAAUGAUCUUCCUCGAUAACACUAGGCGUGAACUAUCUAAGAUGGACUACGAUACAUUGCGUUCGAUUUGCCGAGACAAAGGAGUCAACUAUGCCACUAAGGUCCAGACAAUCUUCGAUAUUGCCGACCGAAGGGCGUGGUUGAGAUUUGGAGCGGAACUUCGGAGCUUUCCUGCUGCCUUUUGGAAGGAGACGCGAAACACUCCGGUGAUGACGACAGUGACGAGGGCGCAACCGCCUGAAAUGACUUUAGUAAUGAUCAACUGAUCCUGAUUUCCGAUGUGAUUGCAUCUUUCCGACAUGACGAAUUAGACUGGAUCUUUUGUUUGUUGAUUUUGUUGUUAGCUUUGCGUGGUCGUAUUCGUUGGCUGAACAAAUGCAUCGACUUGUG